AUGGUGCUAGCCCAUGAUGUGGUACAUGAAUACAGGGACAAUGGUAGUGCUUGUCAAGGAAGAAAUGAAGACAAGAGUUCUUUCCAGGUUAACCUUGACAAGAAGAACCUUUGUUAUGAACAUGAUGGGUGGAAGCUUGCACCUUCACACCUCCAGGAGGACGAUGGAAACGUGGUGAUGAGGGAUUUCCACAAGUACCACCACAUAAGAUACACUCCAUAUGGCACGCAGAACAACAAGAGGAGCACGGAAGGGCAUAAUGAGGACCACAUGCUUAUUACUAUGUGGAGAGAUAGAAAACCUCCAAAGACAGGAGUGUGGGAGAACACACAAGAUGAAACCAUGGAGAGCUGGUUCAAGGUCACAAUUCCAUAUGGGAGAAAGUAUGACAAGACAUGGCUAAUGAAUUCAAUCCAGAGCCACUGCAGUGUCCGCUUCAGCCCGGUCGAUUUCCACUAUGUCAAAAAUCGGGCCCAGUUCUUUGUCCAGGACGCUAGUACUGCUUCUGCACUGAAGGAUGUCAGCUACAAGAUUUGUGAUGAGAAGAAUCAAAAGAUAUGUGUCUUUGUCAGUCCUUCUGCUGUACCCUACUCUGUGUGGAAUAAGUUGAAGCCAGAACAAAUGGAGCAGCUAAAGCUGACUAUGAACAAACGAUAUAAUGUCUACCAGCAAGCUCUAGACCUCCAGAAGCUGCGCUUUGACCCAGACUUGGUGGGCCAUGAUAUCGACAUAAUCCUGAAUCGAAGAAACUGCAUGGCUGCCACCCUGCAGAUCAUUGAAAGGGAUUUCCCUGAGCUGUUGUCCUUAAACUUGCGCAACAACAAACUGUACCGGCUGGAUGGCCUGUCUGACAUUAUAGAGAAGGCCCCCACAGUCAAGAUCCUGAACCUCUCCAAAAAUGAGCUGAAGUCAGUGUGGGAAUUGGACAAGGUGAAAGGGCUAAAGCUGGAAGAGCUAUGGCUGGACGGGAACCCCUUGUGCAGAACCUUCCCAGACCGCUCUGCCUAUGUAAGUGCCAUCCAGGAUUAUUUCCCCAAGUUGUUACGCCUGGAUGGCCAAGACCUAUACACGCCAAUUAUCAUUGACUCUGACAUCCCUGAGUUAAUAAAGCCUUGUACGGAAAACUAUAAAGGAUCUGAAACCCUAAAGAGUCUAGUCCUGAAGUUCCUGGAGCAGUAUUACUUGAUCUAUGACUCUGGUGAUCGAAAGGAUCUCCUUGCAGCUUACCACGAUGAGGCCUGCUUCUCUCUGACCAUUUCCUUCAAUCUCAAACACCCAGCCCCGGGUAGCUUGUACAAGUACUUCAAGGAUAACAGGAAUAUGAAGAAGCUGAAGGACCCCUACCUGCGGAGGCGGCUGCUGAAGCACACAAAACGUGACGUCGUGAACUCCCUCAGUGUGUUGCCCAAAACUCAGCAUGACCUCAGCUCCUUCAUGGUGGACAUGUGCAUCCAGACGGAUACGAUGCUCUGCUUUUCUGUCAACGGGGUGUUCAAGGAAGUGGAAGGAAAGUCCAAGGGUUCUGUUCGUGCCUUCACCCGGAUCUUCAUCACUAUCCCUGGCAGCAAUUCCAGUCUCUACAUCACAAACGAUGAUCUGAUUGUGAGGAAUGCCAGCCCCAAUGAGAUCCAGAGUUCCUUCUCCAUUCCUGUGGCCACACCCUGCUCUAGCUCAAUGCCCACUCUCUCCCAGGAGCAGCAGGAAAUGGUGCAGGCUUUCUCCAUGCAGUCUGGGAUGAAACUUGCGUGGUCUCAGAAGUGCCUUGAGGACAACGAGUGGAACUACACCAGGGCUGGUCAGGUCUUCACUAUGCUCCAGACUGAGGGCAAGAUCCCACAGGAGGCCUUCAGAGAAAUCCCCUAA